AUGCUGCUACUUUUUUCUAUACACUCCCUUGCGAAGCAAGCGCACCGGGGUGAGUUGCAAGGUAGUAACGAUGUCCUUGCCCAAUGCGCUACUUACAUUAUGAUUGCUUUUGGCAUUAUAGUGUGGCGCUAACUCGUACAAGAUGAUAGAUCAAAGCCGCUUUCAAAAAUUCACAUCGUUCAAAAUGAAGAUCAGCUAUACAUGGGCCUUUGCGAAGAAGUGCGAGCGUCAAGGAAGUCCUGUGGCUGACACGUGAUAACUUGAUGAUUCUUUGAACACAUGGCGCAUGUGCAGCGCGUACAAGUGGAGCACAGCUAGACGAGCUUCCAGAGCGAACCGUUGGCGGAGUCUCACAGGUUCCGACGGCGUGAUUGUUCUGCAGCUGCACUUCGUCCAAAGCAAGACGAUAUCUAUUUAUUUGCCGUACGACGCACUCAAUCUCUUUUUCGUAUUGAAGAAGUUGAGAAUCGCAAUCUGCUGGAUUGCCCAUUUUCGGAUUGUCCGUGUAAACCUGUUUCAUUUUUGUUAGCCCAUCUUUACUCUGCUGGAUUUUCUCUCUCUCUUUCUCUAAUUCACAUAGCUUUGCUUGAAGGCGUCUUACUCGUUGCUGAGGAGGAAGCUGCCCGUAAUCAGCAAUUGAGUCCGGCUGAAACUCAUUAUGUAUAA